CUCACUACACAGUUGUUAGUUUCACGUUCUCUUCUCAAUUCCCAUAACAGAAAUCUUUACCGUUAGGUUUCCGUCCUAUUUUUCUCAUCUUCUCCGUUUCCUCUUCUGAAAUCAAUAUCUGUAUGGUGUUUUUCUUGUUCGAAUUUUAGAUUUUUUUUGCCUUUAAUACCUGUAACAUUAUAAUUCUCUGUUUAAACCAAAAAAUUAGCUUCUUCUGAAGUCAGGGUGGGGAUUUUUGGAUCGUGUAAGAGUGUGUUAGAGGGUGAUUAUCUUUUGAUUCAGUUCCUUUUUUGCUUCUUUUGAGGGGGUAGCCGGGGCCUCGGCCUCGGCGGGUUUUAAUAGCCCCCAUCUAUUACAACCAUUGGGCAAAAACAUCAUUAAAUCUGUACAAAACAAACCCUUAAUUUAGGUUAAUUUUCUGUAUUCUUUGAUUCUUUUAACAGAAGAAGAAGAGAUGCCGGCCCUAGGUUGUUGUGUAGACGCUGCUGUUUCCCCUCCUCUCGGCUAUGCCUUCUCUCGGGAUAGCUCUCUUCCCGCGCCGGAGUUCUUUACCUCCGGCGUACCUCCGACAAAUUCCGCCGCCGCUUCCCAUUGGUCUCCGGAUUUGUCCUCUGCUUUGUACGGGGUCGAUGGGUGGGGAGCUCCUUAUUUCUCUGUUAACUCUAACGGAGAUAUCUCCGUCCGACCACAUGGUACGGAUACUCUCCCUCACCAGGAAAUUGACCUUCUCAAGGUCGUGAAAAAGGCCUCCGAUCCGAAAAAUUCAGGUGGGCUUGGGCUUCAGCUGCCUCUUGUUGUUCGCUUCCCUGAUGUGCUAAAAAACCGGUUGGAAUCUCUGCAAUCGGCUUUUGAUCUUGCGGUUCAUUCCCAGGGCUAUGGGGCCCAUUACCAAGGUGUUUAUCCCGUGAAAUGCAAUCAAGACGGGUUCGUGGUGGAAGAUAUCGUGAAAUUCGGGUCGUCAUUCCGGUUCGGGUUGGAAGCCGGGUCUAAACCCGAGCUCCUGUUAGCCAUGAGCUGUCUCUGCAAGGGCAGUGCUGAGGGCCUUCUCGUUUGCAAUGGUUUCAAGGACGCUGAGUACAUUUCGCUUGCUUUGGUUGCAAGAAAGCUCAUGUUGAACACUGUAAUUGUGCUUGAACAAGAGGAGGAGCUUGACCUUGUGAUUGAUAUAAGCCGUAAGAUGGCUGUUCGGCCCGUAAUUGGACUUCGGGCUAAGCUCAGGACCAAGCAUUCAGGCCAUUUUGGAUCCACUUCUGGAGAAAAGGGUAAGUUUGGGCUUACAACGACCCAAAUUGUUCGUGUAGUGAAGAAGCUGGAAGAAUCCGGAAUGCUGGAUUGCCUUCAGUUGCUGCAUUUUCACAUUGGAUCUCAGAUCCCUUCUACGGAAUUGCUCGCUGAUGGUGUUGGUGAGGCCGCUCAGAUUUAUUGUGAAUUAGUCCGUCUUGGUGCGGGUAUGAAGUUCAUUGAUACUGGUGGGGGGCUUGGAAUUGAUUAUGAUGGUACUAAAUCAUGCGAUUCUGAUGUCUCUGUUGGCUAUGGCAUUCAAGAAUAUGCCUCCACAGUUGUCCAGGCGGUUCAAUAUGUAUGUGACCGUAAGGGCGUGAAGCACCCAGUGAUUUGCAGCGAAAGUGGAAGGGCAAUUGUUUCUCAUCACUCAAUUCUGAUUUUCGAAGCCGUGUCUGCUUCUAGUACUCAUGUUUCUUCUUCACAUCUGUCUUCUGGUGUCCUCCAAUCCAUGGCCGAGACGCUCAAUGAAGAUGCCCUUGCUGAUUACCGCAAUUUAUCUGCUGCUGCAGUUCGUGGAGAGUAUGAGACAUGUGUACUUUACUCUGAUCAGUUGAAACAGAGAUGUGUGGAGCAGUUUAAAGAAGGGUCCUUGGGUAUUGAACAUCUUGCUGCUGUUGAUAGCAUCUGUGACUUUGUAUCAAAGGCUAUGGGGGCUGCUGAUCCUGUCCGCACUUACCAUGUGAAUCUGUCAAUUUUCACUUCAAUUCCUGAUUUUUGGGCCUUUGGUCAAUUGUUUCCGAUUGUUCCAAUUCACCGCUUAGAUGAAAAGCCUGCAGUGAGGGGAAUAUUAUCCGACUUGACUUGUGACAGUGAUGGGAAGGUUGAUAAGUUCAUUGGUGGCGAAUCAAGCUUGCCACUACAUGAAUUGGGAAGUAAUGGCGAUGGUGGUGGUUAUUAUCUGGGGAUGUUUUUGGGUGGGGCUUAUGAGGAGGCGCUUGGAGGACUCCACAACCUGUUUGGUGGACCAAGCGUCGUGCGCGUGGUGCAGAGCGAUAGCGCUCACAGCUUCGCCAUGACUCGCUCUGUCCCUGGCCCGUCCUGUGCGGACGUGCUCCGAGCAAUGCAGCACGAGCCCGAGCUCAUGUUCGAGACUCUCAAGCACCGUGCAGAGGAAUUCUUGGAACAAGAAGAUGACAAAGGGCUGGCUGUUGAAUCUUUGGCCAGCAGCUUAGCUCAGUCGUUCCAUAACAUGCCUUACCUUGUGGCGCCUUCAUCUUGCUGCUUCACUGCUGCUACUGCUAACAAUGGUGGCUAUAAUUACUAUUAUAGUGAUGAGAAUGCAGCAGAUUCUGCUACAGGGGAGGAUGAGAUUUGGUCCUAUUGCACUGCUUGAAGUGUUCUUGUAGCAUCUCCAGCCUUAGUUUGUCGUCGAGGUUGUCUGUUUUUGAAUAAUACCCUUAGUUGGUAAUGUUUUUCUAAUGUCAAUUUUCUUUGUUUAGUUUCUUGUUUUCGUUGGUGAAUUAAAGAUGCAAUAGAAAGCAGGGAUUUUUCCCUAUGGUCUGUUGCAGCUUUCUGUUAUUGUAGUUUAAAGAGGAAGAGUGGGGAUAUGACCGAAUCGAUUUGAUGUAUGAUUCGGCCUCUUCCUGUGUGAUCUCCUGCUCUUUUUAAUGCAGUUUGUUUUAGUAUGAGUG